UGUCAAAUCUGACGCGUGCCUUUAGAAUCACCAAGCAGACAAUCCAAGAACAAAAAAAAUGUUUUAUUUGAAGAAUUCCUAUCAUCCUCAUUUCAAGCAAAAAAGCUAUUCGAUAACCUUAGUCGGAUUGAUUUAAGAGUUGUCCAGUUUACAAAAAACAGCACAUAAUAAUCUUUUUAUUCCACUCAAAAGAGAUUCGAAUCGAUAACCGUUGUAGCAUGACAUGCAACCUUGUGAUAACAAAAAAACUAUCCAACCAAAUGCUAGCUACUUAAAAGUUAACCUAAAAAGCCGUGUUGAAAAGGUGUUUUUCUUUUUAGACUACUUGUCAUUUUGAAGCUAUUUUCAGCUGAUUAUCUUAUUUGUACAGAUUGAAGAUAAAUGUGUAAUAUGGGAUGAAGCUCCAAAAAAAUGUAGGACAAAAGUAUAAACGAUUUGAAUAUUAAAAAGCAUUUUUGGACUAGUAUAAAAAAUUUACAAAAAUGAAUGAUAUCAAGGAAGAUGGAAGAUUCAAAAGCUACAUUGGAGAAUCAGAUUUGGAGUCCAUCACACUCGAUGAUUCGCAGAAAACAAAGUUUUUGGAAGGAGAAACCAUAGUAUGUGAGGCCCACAAGGUGAUAAUGUAUCCACCUUUAAGUGAUAGAAAAAGAUACCUAACAGGUGUUCUCACAGUAACCACCUUCAAACUAUCAUUCGCUACUGCAGAAGAGCCUGAAGCAUCAAAUUGUUAUCAGCAAAAUUUACUGUUAGGUGUCCAUGAUGUAUGCCUAUCUUCCAUUGAUAUUAUAUAUCAGUCUGGUGAUCGCACUAAGAAGAGGCUUCACCCUGGGCAUCCUGUGUCAGGCAAAAUCAAAGACAUAAUUAUUAUUUGUAAGAAUAUGAAGAGUUUAGAAUUUAGCUUUAAACUGGGUGAUAAAGAUAGUGGUAAAAAUAUUGUGAAUGCUUUACUGCAUCAUGCAUAUCCAAAAAGACAUACUUUGCUGUUUGCUUAUGAUUAUAAGGAACCUUAUGUUAGUAAUUCGAUAUCAAAAGAAGCACGCUUUUUUCUGAAUAAGGCUGAUUGGGAAAAGGAGUUGAAACGAACUAAAUGUCAUAAUUGGCGGAUAUCUCAAGUGAAUUUCAACUAUCAGACAUCUCCAUUGCUGAUUGAAACUAUGAUAGUACCCCAGUCUGUUACAGACAGCUUGAUAACUGAAGCUAUAGAGAAGUUUAGGAAUCGAUUCUUUCCCAUUUGGGUGUGGGGAACAGCUAAAGGUGCUGCACUUGUCAGGAUGGCGGAUCUACUACCUGCUAUUUCAGAUCGUACUGAAGAGAAUAAGUUGCUUGAACAUAUUAGAAAAAGCCAUCCAGACAAGAAACCACCACAUAUAAUUGAUCUAUCUUUGCCAUCGCCAAAAGACAUAAGUUCUAGCUUCAAUAAAUUUAGAGAAUUGUGCACCCCAGAUAGUAAGAGGCUGUUCAAAAGUCAAGAUUUCAAAUUCUACGGCUUAUUAGAUAGUACAAAAUGGUUGUCAUAUGUUUCAACAUGCCUAAGUAAAGCAGUGGAAGCAGCAGAUCAGUUGACCAAUGAGGAGUCAAGUGUUGUCUUACAAGAAGGUAAUGGUCAAGACUUAAACUGUGUAGUAUCAAGCUUAACACAGUUGAUGUUGGAUCCAUUUUUUCGGACUAAGUUUGGCUUUCAGUCUCUGAUACAAAAAGACUGGGUUGCUUUGGGUCAUCCAUUUGCUAAUAGGUUAGGCCAUAUAUUAUGUAAGGAAAUAGAACAAUCGCCUAUAUUUUUGCUGUUUUUGGACUGUGUAUGGCAGCUGAUCCAGCAAUACCCUACAGCUUUCCAAAUAAGCGAGACCUACUUGACAACAUUGUGGGACUCUGCACAUAUCUCCAUUUUUGAAACAUUUCUGUUCAAUUGCCAUCAUCACCGAUAUAUGGCAGCACAGGGUUCUGGAAACGCUCAUCCUCCUUUGGCAUUACGAAGCGUUUGGGACUGGAGAGAACAGUUUUCGGAGCGAGAUAUCAGUUUAUUUUGCAAUCCGCUGUACGACGAUACUUUCCUUGAACCGCUGAAGCCCAACCCCGGAGUUUCGAACUUGGAAAUAUGGUCUCAGUGCUACUUCCGGUGGCUGCCCGACCUUGAAAUAAGGAAUGGCGGAAGACCACAAGUCGAUCUCUACUGCAGAUAUUUGGUAGCUGAAAUACUCCAAACGCAGCAAGGCAAUGGUGACACUAAUGGAAAAUUGAUUAAAAACAAGGAGGAGUAUUUGGACCUGAUCAAAAAAGUGAACAGCUUAUUUCCAUUCAGCCAUAACUCUGGAUAUAUCUCAACAGAUCCCACUGAUAACGUGCUUCUAUCAGGAGAUACGUUGGAUACUCAGUCCAUAUUAAACUAUAACAAUGAAUGAACGUGCCUAAAGUAUUUCAACAAUAUACCUGAGAAAACACCCAUUGUCAAAUAUUGAUAAUUUCGAAAAGUAAGGCCUCCUGUUUUUCAAGAGUACAUCAUUAUAAAGCUUAUACAUUUGUAUCUGUGCCUACAUAACCGCCAUUCCAAUCCAUCCCUUUUUAUGGAUAUCUUUCACCUCGUUGCCAAAACCGAAUCGCCUUGUCACAUGUUCCUUCAACUUAGGGAACAGGUCGUAGCCACUCUGUGUCAAUUUCGGAGUAUAAGGUGGAUGGUUCAUUACCUCUUAUCCAAACUGUCGCAGAAGAGCCACCACUUGACGAGCGACGUGCGUUGUCGUAGCCUCUGUUUUCUCUCUUUUUCGGACCUGAAUUGCGCUUCCGAGUUUUUUCAAUAUCUUACAGUGUCACAUGUUUCCCAAAAUGAAGAAGCACAUUCGGCCUAAAAGCGAUUCAGUUCCAAAGAUGAAGUGCAAAAAUGCAGUAUGACAUAACUACUACAGCUUCUUCAAAAAUGCUUCCACGGAAAUGAUUAUGCGGAAGAAUAGGACAAUGUCUAAGUUUUAUAAUCAUGUUUCAGUCAUUGGAAAUAGUACUUUUGUACUUUUAAAAAUAGAAGACCUUUCUUCUUCACUUUAGUUUUGAGUUGUUUGUGGACUGAAAAUCGUUUGAUUUGCGAUGUUUAUUUUUAUGUACCAUAAGCCAGUAGGUCUGCAUUGGUUGAUUUCAGGAGUGCAAUUUCAGAAAACCUAACUUAAAGGGGCGGACCUAGUGUCAAAAUGUGAGAUGCUCGAGGUUCAAAUUUCUUUUGUUACUAUAUUACUACAAAUUGUAGGAUUCAGGUGUAUAAUUAUGAGUAAAUUAUUUUUGUUUGACAGUUCUUCCAUUUAAAAUUCCAGCGCUAAUGAUACAAACUUUUUAUUUAGGUGUGACUACCAUUUUGACUAUGAUAGAUAGAUAACAAUGUGGUAUUAACAAUUAGAUGCUUUAAUCAAAGACCAGUGAAAAAUCUGUGUGAUAUACAUACAUAUAUGCUAAAGAAAUGCAUGCAAUGAAACUAGGCAGCUUUAUUUUUUGUACUAGCGUUAUUAAGGAUUAAUCUAAUAAUAAACUAUUGAUUUUAGUACUUUCUGACACUGGGUGUUUCAUUGCAAAUAUUGUUUCUUAGUAUAGUACAAUUCUGAUUAUAUGUAUAAUUACCAAACGUUAAUUUUCCUUCGAUAUUGUAAAAUUUAUUUUUUUAAGAAUUAACUGUUCAGUAUUUGUAUUGAGAGAAUGUUUUUUAUUUUAUAUUUUUAAGUAGUAAAAUAAUGUACAACUCCUCUAGUUCAUUUGUAUAAUUAUGUUUUUAACAAACCAAAAAUGUUAAUAUUAUUUAUGUUUUAUUUAUGUCAAAUAAACACCUUUCUGUACAUC